UCGCAGGCUGUGGAGACAGGCGGUGGAAGAACGGGGGCGAGGAGAGGCAGAGCUGGUCUGCGGGGCACAGCCCAGCCCAACCCCUAGCUCUGAGCCUGAGGUCACCAGCUUCCCAGGGCUUGCCUCACAGCCACGGAGCAGGCUGGCCUUUGGCCAGCUAACCAUCCCCGGGCCAGGAGCAAGGGCUGGACGAGGAGCUGCACUAAGAAGCUGCUUAUAUAAGCACUUCUACUUUGCAGCCUGCUCUCUGCCCUGGCAGCCAGGACGAGAGUGACAACAAAGCUGUGUCCUGCUAGGGGAGGGGCCUCGGCUAGGACUGAACACUGAGUCCAACUUGGAGGAGGCCCAGGUCCUCCGAAGGUACCCACGGGUUGGACAAUGAGGCUGGCCACAGCAGCACUGUUACUGGGUCUCGUGGCGGUGCUCACUGGAGAUGAGAACAAGAAUGACUUGUGUGCCCACAGGGCCCUCUCGGACGAGGACGCUGUCCUGUGCCAGGGCCUUGAAGUUUUCUACCCAGAGUUGGGGAGCGUUGGCUGCAUGAUAGUUCCUGAUUGUAACGACUACAGACAGAAGAUCACCUCCUGGACGGAGCCGAUCGUCAAGUUCCCGCAGGCUGUGGAUGGUGCGACCUAUGUCCUGGUGAUGGUGGAUCCAGAUGCUCCUAGCAGAGCAGAACCCAGACAGAGAUUCUGGAGACACUGGCUGGUAGCAGAUAUCAAGGGCGCUGACCUGAAGAAAGGGAAGAUUCAGGGCCAGGAGUUAUCAGCCUACCAGCCUCCCUCCCCGCCAGCACACAGUGGCUUCCAUCGCUACCAGUUCUUCGUCUACCUUCAGGAAGGAAAAGUCAUCUCUCUCCUUCCCAAGGAAAACAAAACUCGAGGCUCUUGGAAAAUGGACAGAUUUCUGAACCGCUUCCGCCUGGGCGAACCUGAAGCAAGCAGCCAGUUCAUGACCCAGAACUACCAGGACUCGUCAACCCUCCAGGCUCCCAGAGGAGGGGCCAGCGAGCCUAAGCACAAACGCAAGCGGGGAUAGCUGCCUGCUAAACAGCACGCUUCGCUGUCCAGGUGUGUGUCACACUGCCCACCACCGACAGUGUGGGUACGGAACCCCUUCUCUUCCAAAUUAAAAAAAAAUCAUCCAGGG